ACAAGUCCCAAAGAGCUCAAUUAAUAUACACUGGUCAAGUCCAGUAAGGAUGUAUACAGACAUGUUAUUGAACAAAGUAUUUGGACAAAACAGCAACACACAAAGAGAUUAUGUCAGUCAACUGUGGAAAUACCCUCCCUCUAUCCCUCUCUCUCGCUAGUCCUCAGCUGCGGAUGUCCUUCAUUGUAUUUUCUACAGAGGGACGGAUCCUGAUGAAACUAACAGAAGACAGGGAACAGAUUCGGGCAGGCCUGGAGGAGCUCCGUAUGGUGCACCCUGGGGGAGACACUUUCAUGCACAAAGGGUUCCAAAGGGCCAGUGAACAAAUCUACUAUGCUGGAGACAGUUUCCGUACAGCCAGUGUCAUCAUUGCCUUGACAGAUGGCGAACUGAGGGAGAAUCAGUUUGAUCUGGCAGAGAGAGAGGCCGGUCGAUCGCGUCAACUGGGCGCCUCUGUCUACUGCGUGGGAGUAAAAGACUUCAAUGAAACCCAGCUUUGGACAAUAGCUGACAGUAAGGACCAUGUCUUCCCUGUGAAUGAUGGCUUUGAGGCACUGCAAGGAGUCAUUGAUUCAAUCCUGAAGAGAUCAUGCAUUGAGAUAUUGGCAGCAGAGCCCUCUAGUAUCUGUGCAGGAGAGUCCUUCCAGGUGGUAGUGAAAGGAAAUGGUUUCUCACAUGCCCGCGAGGUGGGGAAGGUCCUUUGUAGCUUCCGCAUCAACGACACUCUCACUUUGAUGAAAAGGCCAUUGGUAGUGAGAGACACCUACCUUCUGUGCCCAGCUCCCGUAUUGGAGAAGGAAGGGACGGAAGCUACCCUCCACGUCAGUAUGAACAAUGGCCUGAGUUUCAUAUCUAGCUCCGUCACCAUCACCACAGUCAGCUGUUCUGAUGGGACGUUCUUGGCCAUAGCUCUGCUCAUUCUGCUGCUCCUGCUGACGCUGGCUCUGCUCUGGUGGUUCUGGCCUCUCUGCUGCACAGUGAUCAUCCAUGAGCCUCCACCUCCAGUAAUGGAGGACAGCUCAGAUGAGGACGAGGACGGCUGUCCCAAGAAGAGGUGGCCCACUGUGGAUGCCUCAUACUACGGUGGCCGAGGUGUGGGUGGCAUCAAGAGAAUGGAGGUCCGCUGGGGUGACAAGGGUUCCACUGAGGAGGGGGCCAAACUUGAGAAAGCCAAGAAUGCCCGUGUCAAGAUGCCAGAGCAGGAGUUUGACAUUCCACCAACACGCACUCUUAACAAUGGCAUGCACAAACCUAUCAGUCCCCAGAAGUGGUACUCUCCUAUAAAGGGCAAGCUGGAUGCUCUGUGGGUGUUUCUGAGGAAAGGCUACGAUAGGGUGUCUCUGAUGAGACCCUAUCCUGGAGACAAGGGCAGGUGCAUUAGCUUCACCCGGGUGGAAUCCUACUCUACUCCUCAUUAUCCAAUCUCCCACUGCCCGUCCACACCCAUCUACAGUCUGCCUCACACCUACAGUCACGCUUCCUCACAUGGCACCCUCUCCCAAAUGCCCCCCUCUCCCACCUCCACUCUUCCACCCCUGCCAUCCACUCCCCCUCCAUCCUGCAUCACCCCUCCCCCUUACACCCCCCCUCCAAACCAAGCUCUGCCCCAAACUUCUGUAAGUCCUCCUCCACCUGUUGCUCCACCCACCCCUUCACCCCUUUUCUCUCCCACCCCUCCACCCCUUUGCCCUGCCACACCCCCUUCCCCAACUGGCUCUCUGCCCCCACCCCCCCAGGCCUCACCCCCAUGCAGAGCCCCUCCCCCUUCCCGCCCUCCCCCACACCCAUCUGACCAAUUCCUGUGAGGAAAAAUAACGAAGGGGUAAGGCCAAUGCAUCUGUCAAAGAACUGAGCAGCAUGGACCCUGAGGACCCCUGAAAAUGUCCCCAAUACCUUGCCUUUCUCUGCUCCACCAAUCCAAACCACUAUCAACAGAUAGACAAGUAGAACAGCAAGCCCAGCUUUACUUCACUCAAAGGUUCAGAGAGAAGCUGAGCAAUUGAUCUGUAAAACAAAGUUCCAUUAGAUUUUCCAUGUUCUCUAUUCUAACUGAUCAGGAAGUUUGGUAUCCUUUUUUUACUGUAAGACUUCCAUAUAGCUAUCUACAGGUAGUGAAAGACUUUUGAGUAUGGCUCAUGAGAUACAGUGAAGAUAAUGCCAACACUUUACUGCUUUGCUUAAUCAAUAGAAGCAGAAUAUUGCCAUCUUUAGCAGAAGGGAUAAACAUACAGUAUUUAAUAAGUUAAAGGAUCAAUGGCUCAGCUUUUAACUCUGUCUUUAUGUGUUAUAUAGGUACAUCUUACAUGCUGAUUGAUAUAAACAUAUGUGUAUUAUGAAUGAAUGCAUUUUUUAUAAAUCAAUCAAUAAGUAUAUUGCAAGGAAUGACAAACAUGUCAGACACAUUGGCAAUGAGGAAAACCUCUGACUGGGGAAGAACGGAUGACUUCAUUUGCUUGUUUACACAGAGAUCAUGCUAAGAGUUCUUAAAGCCAAAGGGAUGAAAAGCAUGUCCUGUGGAGUGUUAAAUGCACAAUAUGUGAUUUCAACAGCCAGAUCCUGCUACUUGAGCUGAUAGAUGGAACUGAUUGAUAUUUUGAACCUUUACAUUGUUUACAAAAAAAGACUAAGCUCAUAAGGAAUUAUUGUCAUAUAUGUCAUUAAUUAAAAUUACCAUUGGAAAUCGGCAAAUCUGACAGAUUAUGCCUUUAAAAUCAGCAUGGCUGACCUACCAUUGGCCAAUCAGGGACCAGCCAGGGCACACUGACCUUUUGACCUGACCUUUGGCUGUUGUUAUAUGGGGAAUUUUGAUGGUGUCACCAUUGUUGUGCCGCCAUUCCUACAGCAGUACCAGGAAUGAGGAUCUCUGUGCAUCCACUAGUGUCUAAUUCCAUUUCCAAUCCAGAUAAGUGUGUAUUGAAUAUGUGCUUACUGAGUAUUUUCAACUAAUGUAUAGAAUGUACAGAAUGUAUCCAAAACCAGUGAGGCCUUUUUUCAGAUUCUAAUAAAAUAUUGAAUUUCAG